CAUACCACAACAUUUUCGAACAGAUUUCACCAGCCAUGGCAACAAGUUCCUUCCCCAAAUUCUCCAAGUUGCCCGCGGAGCUGCGCCUCAAGAUCUGGGAAGAAGCCCUACCCGAGCUCAUCGAACAGCCCUUGUACUUCUACAGCCAGCGCCCGACCACCUGCGCCCGUGACACCCCCGCAGACGAUGGCUCCCUCCCGGAGGGGAUGCCGCAGAGCAUGGACUUCAGACACGGCCAGGUGCACCCCCGCGUGGCCGAGCUCCCGCACCUAUUCGUCAACUGGGAGGCUCGCAGAACCGCCCUGCGCUGGGUGGGCAAGCAAGGCACGGAGACCCUCUCGUCGUGGAAGAGACCGACCCACAACCACCACGUACUCGUUCGGCCCUUCCACCCGGAGACCGACACCCUCUACAUCCCCGCCGAUCUGUGGAAUGGGUUCUGUCGCGAGAAACCCACGGUGGGGAGCAUGCCCGCGUACCCCUUCGCCAACUACUCGGCCGCGGAGCGGGCGUUCCGGCACGUGGCGUUGUCGGUGAGGAUGAUCCAGGAAGAGCCGGCGGUUCUGGUCCAUCUCCUUUGGCACUGGCGGGCCCUAGAAGUGGUGUAUCUGGUGGCCCAUGAGCAGCAGGAUGACGAGAGGCAGUAUGCGACGGAGGCGGUGGAAGGGAAACAGCUGUGGAGGUUUGAGGUAUCGGGUGCCACUGUGACGGGGACGUGGGUGCGAGCGAACCGUGACAUGGCAUGGGAAGGCAGCAGCAGCAAGGAGAACGAUCCCGACUUGGAGAAACUGAGGACGGUCAUGCUCGGGACCCAGCCUUCGUUGACGGAGUACUUGAGGAUUUGGAACUAUCCGCUUCACUGGGAUUUCAAGGCCCAGCUUAUCCGUGUUGCCAGACACUGUACGUGAGAAGCUACUGAUGCUGGGGCAUGAAGUCGGUGGGUAGUUCCUGUGGUUGGUGUGGUUGAAUCCGCUGCAAGGUGUAUCUUAGCUCGUUGACUGGAGCGACGCACAGUCCCUAGCCGGUUACUGUAGUUGAUGUACCGUACAUUAGUUGCGACAUGCCAAUCCCCACACAAUCCAACGCUGAGCCUCUGGUCCGACGUGAAUAACAACUCUCCUCCGUAGUUGUCAUACGCCCUGCGCAUGAUGCAGUUGAACCGACGUCGUACACGGC